GAUUUGUCAGAUAGGCCCUAAUCGCGAAUCCCUCUCGAAGUGCAAUUUAAUUAUUUCCCAUUCUCGAGCGUGUGCAAAAUAAUAAAUAAUGGCCCCCAAAAGAACUCCCAAGGAACGGCUGGCAAAGUAUUUGAAACGCUACAAAAAGAUGCAGAACACGUUGAAAGCGAUCGACGUCCGGAAAGCCAUCGACAGAAUCUCUUUCAAGGACUAUCUUGCGGAUGAAAAGUUCAAAGAAACGCUGUCGAGAAAUCAACAAAAAUCGCUCCGAACUUUGGAUGCAACGGAUCGGCAAAAUCUACUCAAAAUGGAUUUGCGCCAGAUGGCAAGCGAUUACAGAGGCGACCAACUGGAGGCCAAGGAUUUCUAUCAAUACGUGGAAAGGCUGGUGGCGGAAGUGGAAGAGGCCUCACACAGAACUACAACCGAGUUUUUCGAGGACAGAAACAAGGUUGAUGAUUUAACCCUCAUUUCAUUGGACGCGGCGUACUAUCUGGCUCUAGCUGGAAGCGGAAUUGAUCCUUGCUGCUUCGUCGAACUUAUGUAGGUCAAGGAAAAACCUGUGUGAAAUUGUUGAUCGAGUAAAUAAAAUAACCCAUCGUAAUGUACAAACAUCCAACACUUACCAAAGUCCCCGGAGACAUAUCGCGAGGCAAUGAGAAGGAACGGCAAGGCUACAUUCAAGACAUCACUAAGCUUAGCAAAACCGAACUUCUGGACUUGAAGGACCGCCAAGAGCUGCUGCUGAAGAAUAAAGCACGAAUAUCAAAGCUCCCGGAUAAAGGCGCCAGGAUCGAACGUUUCUAUCAACAAAUAUUACAGCAGCUCCAAGUGUAUGAUAAUGUAGAUCGUGCUGCGGAAAUGUUCUCGGAACUGAACAUAGCUUCCGUCGGGAAAUUAUCUCUGGCCAAGAUGGAAUGGAGCGGAAAGUAUAAUGCUGGACAGGAUGCCACCGAUGUCGUUGAUAGUGACGAUGACUUCGAUGAACAAAACGUCGAUCCGUUGAAAAUCUUAGCCCAAAGCACUCAGCUAGAGAAGAAGAUAGUUCUAGUUAAGCCGGAACCAACGUUGGUCACGCAGCAAGAUCUUGAGGACAUCGAACAAAUGAAGCAAGAUCAAUUGGAAUGCGCUUCAGCUGACUUGGUUGAAAUUGAUGUGCAAAAAUCUGCUGGCAAGCUGAACAAUUUCUUCAAACAGAGAAUGACCGGUGAAACCACAGUCCCAGCGAGUAAUCCGGUUUUGGAUGGCCAUUCCAUUUUGCUGUGCAAGAAGGAGGCGAAUCUUUCCCCCAAGCAAAAAUUUCUACCGUUCCGCACAACGAAGUCAGAUGUCCACGAUCCAGAAAAGGAAAAGCAAAGAUUCCUGGGGCACUCCAAAAACUGGGAAAACACUUCCGCGACGCCGCCGGCAAUUACACACUCUCCAGCCAAGGUCCUAAGCCUAGAGGAGUCCAUAAAACUGCAAGAAGAGAAGAAUGUUCUUAUCCAAAAGGCCCAAGAGCAAUAUGCAGGGGAACGACUUCAGCGGCGACAGGAAAUCAAGGAGAACGUUAUGUCCACCAUUGCCAAUGACGUGAUGCCCGGUUCCAGUCAAUUCACAACCUAUCGCGAUGUGUGGGAAAGCGAAGAGGAAAUGCAGGAAGAUGACGACGAUGAGGCCAAUAUUCCAUUGCCGGUAGAUGCAGAUGAAAGUUAGGAUUAUUAUAUAGGGUACUUUUUCUCCUCAUUUGAGAUAGAUUUAUUCAGCGCUUAAAGAAUGUAAAUGAAUACCUCAGACUGAUGCUGGAGCUCACAAUUUCAUCGUUUGAAUAUAGUUUAACAACUCGUUUUAAGGCCUAA